AUGGGCAUGAUAGAAAUAUGGGACCUGAACCGUGAAGUUGUGAAAACUGACUGUGCUAUGACCAAAAUUCCUGAACUUGACUUUGAAAUUCCACCAUUCACACAGAAAGGAGCACUUUCUACUCUUGAGGGUCUGAUUGACAGAGCUGUUACUGGUCUAGAGCAGGACCAGCCUACACGGAAGGCAGUGGAUCCCAGCGUGGCCUCUAAGAUUGAGGAAUUUAUUGAAAAGCUAAAGAAGUUGAAAGAUGUUGAGAUGCCAUUCACACUGAUUAUUGAUGAUCCGUCUGGAAACAGUUUUGUCGAGAAUCCCCAUGCCCCACAGAAGGAUGAGGCAUUAACAGUUACUCAUUACAAACGAGAUGCUCAUCAGGACAGCAUGUUGGGACUGCAGGCAGCUACAGAAGAGGAGACACCCAAAACUGCCAUGGAUGACUUAAGAAAUGAGGUAUUACAGUUCAGUACCAAUUGUCCACAGUGCAAUGCACCUGCUGAAACCAACAUGAAAUUAGUGCAGAUCCCACACUUUAAGGAGGUGAUCAUCAUGGCAACAAACUGUGGAGCUUGUGGACACAGGACCAAUGAGGUGAAGUCCGGAGGUGCCACAGAGCCUCUGGGCACUAAAAUCACACUGCGGAUUACGGACCCUUCUGACAUGAGCAGAGACUUGCUGAAGUCUGAAACCUGCACCAUCUCUAUUCCAGAGCUGGAAUUUCAGCUCGGAAUGGGCAUUCUUGGAGGAAAGUUCACCACUUUAGAAGGGUUGCUGACAGAUGUGAAAGAAUUGAUUAUGGCAAAGAAUCCAUUUUUUGCUGGGGAUAGCUCUGCUCCUCAAAAAUCUGAAAAGCUCAGAGAAUUUGGGCAGAAGUUGGAUGAGAUUAUUGCAGGUAAGAGAGAAGCUCACAUCAUUCUUAAAGAUUCGGCAGGAAACAGUUAUCUCCAGAAUUUAUAUGCCCCAGAUCCUGAUCCAGAAAUGAAGAUUGAAAAGUAUGAGCGCACGUUUGAAGAUAAUGAGGAACUUGGUUUGAAUGACAUGAAGACUGAAAAUUACCAGGAGCAGGAAAUGGAUAAAUAAAACUGAGCAGGGUUAAGUCAGGAGGGUGAUAGCUGGUGUGAUUUUUUUAUUUUGGUGUACCAUGUGAAAUAUUGAAAUAGAUAUUUAUCUAAGGAAAGGGGAUCCCGAAAGAGUGGAUCGUUGAAGUGUCUGUAAUGGAAUGUGAUGUGGAUGUGAGUCUAUUCCAUACACUUCACAGAUCCUGAAUGUUGGAAUGCCAAUUGAUACAAAGUGAAAGGAGUUGCUGGAUUUAUCUUUAUUCUGUGUUCCUCCAACCUUCCAAGUUGGGAGUAAAUAUCCACAUAGCCUUCAGUUGGUCCUUCCUGAUCAAACUCAAAUGAGGACAAAUGGCAGGAGAGAGCUUAACUUACCACUCGGUGCAGGUCAUUUGGUGCUUGAAUGUAAUAUUUUGUUACUAACUCAUUCUAACUUCAUGUAAAAAAAAAAUUAUUUAUGCAGAAGGUCAUUUGCUUCUAAAUGCAGUACAUUGUUGGGUUCACGAGUCUGACCAGGUGGAUAGGCCAUUCUGUCAGUUGAAUUAGUGCACCAAAUGCAGCUUUCCAUUAUCUCUUUUGUAUUGUGGUUCAGUAUUUUGAGUUGUACAAUUUGCAGGUGAUCAAUCAGGAAACAGUAUUGCCCAAUGUGUUGUGUAGCUGUUCUGUACAAUUCUGUACAUUUGACUGGUAGUCUAGAGGCGAUAAUGGAUUUGAUGCCUAAGUUGAUUGUGGUACAAUAUGAGAAACUGUUCUAUUUGCUACAAGACCAGGAUGGACUCAUUGUUAAGAUUGUGGGAUUAGUGUAGCAUAAAAAAUUGGCUGCACGUCUUGUGUAUCUCCAAGGCUAUUGUAUGUUCAUAGAAACGUUUUAAGCAGAAUUGCACUUUGGAACCUCUGAAUCCCUCAUCCUAUUUCACAACCCUAAUCUUAGGUAACAUUCUGAAGCUUUUCAACCAUCAACUUGCAUUAUUUUGUUAACAAACAUAUAAAAACAUUGCUGAAAUUGGUAUUAAUCCAAGUAAUUUGCUAAUUGCUUGUGUAGCCAAAGUGGGCUGGGUGUUUACGUUGGUGAAAUCAGAAUGAGCACAUAUUCAUAUUUUGUUGAUUAUGGAGUGGAAUCCUACAUUUCGUUAAAGUGAAAACAAAAUACCGAGAGACCCAAAAUUUAAAUUUUUGGAAAUACUCCAGGAAGAUGAUAACAGGAGAAUUCAAACUGAAACUUUUCCUGUCCAGAGAUGCUGCCUGAUUUAAGUAUUCCUAGCAUUUUCCGUUAUUCUCUUUUUCAGUGUCAAUUGUAGGAUCCAGAGUAAUUAAAUCUUCACUCCUGAUAUAUUUAAUAAAUAUAUUGACCUUCUUUA